AUAAGAGUCCGGCAUGUAUCACACAUAUGUGCUGAUCAAUUCUAUUUCCAACGGUAGCUUCAAGAAAUAAUUAUUAACUGGAUUCGUGUAGUGCAUAUUUAAAAAACUGCCAUGUAUUGGUUACUUCAAGUUUCAGUUUUGUAUCUGUAUCUGCCCGUCUGUCUGGCUUUUUUCGCUUACAAGGACAAACUACCCAACAGUGACAACGUCCAACACCCGUGUGUAGCCGUUUAUAAAUGGCCAGGUGUUGGUCACGAACAUAGACUAGGUGGGGGAAAUAGAAACGUCUUCGGGCAAGAUUUCGCCAAAGCUGGACACAAGUGGACGAAAGCUUUGUGUACUGCAGACUCUGAUGGUGAUGGGAGAACUAACGGCGAGGAACUCGGUGACCCGUCAUGUGUUUGGUCAGUAGGUCAAGAACCGUCUCGUACAGUUAAUAUAACACAUCCAGGUAUUUGUGAACCUCUACACGAUGUCAUGUGUCAUGGCAAGAAUACCUUUGUGUCCUGUAAAGUGGACACAUUUGAUACGUGUGAUGUUAUUAAAAGCCCUGAUAUCAAAACCCUAGACUUGGUCAUGCCUAACUUAAUUAUUCCACCAACUGUUACCAAUGACCUGUGUUUGACUUUUGACUUGCCUGACGACCAAGAUUAUCACAUGGUAGCGUAUGAAGCUAUCAUCGAUACCCCCAAUAUCGUCCAUCACAUGGAUAUGUACGGGUGUGAAAAGGAUGAAAACUUUAUACUUGAGAGCCCAAAGCCCUGUGAUAUGAGUAUGAAGGCUUGCUCAACUGAGAUCAGUGGUUGGAUGAUUGGAAUGUCAGGUCAAUGCUAUGGUGAUAAUUUAGCUUAUUCAAUAGGAAAGAGUGGAUACAAAAGAUUUAGAUUGGAGAUUCACUACCACAAUCCCAACUUGGAGCAUGGGCACCAAGACUCGAGUGGCAUGCGUAUUUACUACCGUCCGGCUAGGCCAGGUGUCCAAGAGCUAUUUACCUUACCUGUUGGGCAGCUGUUUCUGGAACUUCCUCCAGGUACGUGAAGGGAAUUACGAAAUCGUCCCGCCUCCAUUUUUUUUUUCCGUUUUUUUUCCAGGUGUAAAGUAAAAGUAAAAAGUAAAGUUUCCCUUUCAGACCUUCCAGUCUCUAGGG